AUGUCGCGCUCGGCUCACCGUAAUGUGAACUUUUAUAACGGUUCUACAGGGGUUCACCUCGGCGGAGUCCGCCAAAGUGGAUCCAUCACAAACGCCAAUUUUUUCGACAUGUUAACGGAUGUGCUACUAGACGUGGAAGCAACCAUUUCGAUCCACUUCAAAGGCACCGGUGUACCAAUUCCGAUAAAUAACAACCGCUUAGCGGAAGGUGACUAUGAUAUCUUUUGCCCUCAGGGCGACAUCAAACUAACCCGUGACACUUGUGUUCUACGGAUUCAUUCCCGUAGCCGAAGCGCUCGUGAAGACUCGUUUCGAGAUUCUGUACGAGCCAGGGACGGAAAGUGCGUGUUUACUGGAGUAGUCAACCAGUUUGCAAGUUCAGAUGAGUGGACCGGAUUUGAAGCCGCCCAUAUCUUCCCUAUGGGGCAGCAGGAACUUUGGAGCCUCGGUGGUUUUAGCCGUUUUAUUACACGUCCCGGACGACACCCAGUGAACUCGGUGCAGAACGGGCUAUUACUCGCUGCACAUAUGCACCAGCUGUUCGAUAGCUUUCUACUAUCGGUCAAUCCAGACGAUGGAUAUAAGAUCAUUGAUUUUAGUGGCAAUAACUGGAAUGUGGACGGUCGAAUACUAGAUAUUGUGUGCCGAGAUCCAAACAACCUCGACCAUGUUGCAGAUGAAUUGCUUCGUUGGCACUUCCAGCAGUGUGUACUUGCUAAUAUGAAGGGGGCUGGGGAGCCUAUCUUCGAGCACGAUUUCCCCUCGGGGACUGAUAUGAUGAAUGAAAUCAUACGUGGCCCACUCCCGGCUCAGCGCAUGGAGCUCGAACUGUUUUCUCGGUUGCAACAAAUCCUACAAGAGGACGAUGAAUUCGUCUCCUAG